GUCCUACUGUACCCUCAUGGCGGCGCAGGGGAGAUGAGAGUGUCUGAAUGAGGCGGUUUCCCCUCAGACGGAAAGACGCUGUCCGGCAACAAGCUGGCACCAGACGGUUCCUGCCAGGAUUCCUCCACACCCCUGGCCUCUGAUGGUUUCAGUAGCCUUCGGCCUCUGUUUCAGUAGCCUGCCCUGAUUCCUACUGUUACUGGGAACAAUGGUGAAGUAUUUCCUAGGAAUGAAUAUCCUGAAGAACUCAUGGGACCAAGUAUCUGCUGCUUUUUGGCAGCGCUAUCCAAACCCUUACAGCAAACAUGUAUUAACUGAAGACAUUCUGUACCGUGAGGUGACACCUGACCACAAGCUGCUGACCAGGAGGCUUCUAACCAAGACCAAUAGAUUGCCGCAAUGGGCCGAACGAUUUUUCCCAGCCAAUGUAACCCAUGCCGUGUAUAUUGUCGAAGAUUCCAUCAUAGAUCCUUUAAGCAGAACCAUGACCACAUAUACAUGGAAUAUCAAUCAUGCCUCAAUCAUGGCUGUGGAGGAGCGCUGUGUGUACUGUGAAAAUUCUGAGAACAGAAAUUGGACAGAGAUCAAACGGGAAGCUUGGGUGUCCUCCAAGGUGUUUGGUUUCACCAGGGCUAUUCAGGAGUUUGGUCUCGCUCGCUUUAGAAGUAAUGUGACCAAGACAAUGAAGGGCUUUGAAUUUAUCCUUGGAAAGAUGCACGGUGAUGUGCAUCACAGGACCCUUGUUGAAACAGCGAAAGAAGCAAGAGAAAAAGCAAAGGAGACUGCAUUGGCAGCAAAGGAGAAAGCCAAAGACUUGGCCAGCAAGGCAGCUACAAGCAAGAAGCAGCAAUACGUGUGAGGAUUUGUUGGCCAAGACCAUGGGCCACUCCAUUUCAGGCACCAGAAGCUGGGAAUAGUGCUGGGUUCAUCUUAUCCACUGAACUAAUGUCCAUCCGCCUAGCCUCUAUAAAAUCAUAUUGCUUUUUGCUUUUCUUUAAAAUCCAAAAACAUAACUGAAAUUUGAAUACAAUGAAUCACAAACGACUCUUUUCUAUGCUUUAAGUUAUGAUUAAUAAAUUAUCUAAUUUA